AACUCCUCAGUACUCAUCUCCUCUUUCCAUCCCAAACACACAUUUCUCGCUUUAGUAAAGAAAUUACAAUCCACAAGUAUUUAAGAGAAAUGGCGGCCGUUGGUGAUCUUGAUCACCGAGAACCAAAGACGACGACGGCGGAAGAAAGCCGUCAGACGCCGGAAGCAGUUAAUUCUCCACAUCUCAAAUUAGGAAAGAAACAUUCAUCGAAGAAACUUCGCCAUUCCGAUUCUCUAGACAUCGAAGCCGGCAAGGUUUCCUGCCAUGACACCAAGGUUGUGAAUUGGUGUGUGAUACUGCAACUAGCGUUCCAGAGCAUCGGCGUGGUGUACGGAGACAUCGGAACUUCGCCACUGUACGUCUACAGCAGCACCUUCUCCAACGGCAUCAUCAAGCAUCCCGACGACAUCCUCGGCGUGCUCUCUUUGAUUCUGUAUACACUCACCUUGAUUCCUCUCGCUAAGUACGUCUUCAUCGUCUUGCGCGCCACCGAUAAUGGCCAAGGAGGAACAUUUGCACUGUACUCGCUGAUUUGCCGGUACGCAAAGGUGGGACUGACCCCCAGCCAGCAGGCGGAGGACUGUGAUGUCUCUAAUUUCAAGCUCGAAUUACCCAGCAAGCGCCUCAGGCUAGCUGCCAGCCUCAAGUCCAAGCUCGAGAGCAGCAAAUUCGCUAAAGUUUUCCUCCUCUUGGCUACCAUGCUCGGCACUUCCAUGGUCAUGGGCGACGGCAUCCUUACCCCUUCCAUGUCUGGUAAUUUUCUAACCAUAAUUAUAAUAAUAACAACAAUUCUGCAAUUGAUUCUAGAGAAAUUUUCUGCCUUUAGAUUGACCAUAGCAAAUGUGUUUUCUGCUUAUGAUUCGCAAAGUCCGAAUUUAGAAGUCGGCGCUAUUGAUGUUUUUUCUCGUAUUUUAUUCUCUCAUAUCUUUGACUCUUUUGUGCUGAUUUUCUUUGUUGUGAAAUCAAUGGCAGUGUUAUCAGCCGUGGCUGGUCUCAAGAAUGCUUCACCUAAAAUGACAGAAGGGAUGAUUGUUGCAAUUUCAGUUGCCAUCCUGGUCUGUCUCUUUGCUGUUCAAAGACUUGGUACUGACAAAGUAGGCUACAGUUUUGCUCCCAUAAUUUUUGUUUGGUUCACAAUGAUUGGUGGAAUUGGGGCUUACAAUUUUGUGAAGUUUGAUCCAAGAGUUAUCAAAGCCGUAAAUCCAAAGUACAUUGUAGAUUACUUCCUUAGGAACAAAAAGGAAGCAUGGAUUUCCCUCGGAGGCGUCGUUCUUGCAAUAACAGGAACUGAAGCAUUAUUUGCUGAUGUUGGCCAUUUCACAGUUCGGUCCAUACAAAUAAGCAUGUGCACAAUUACAUACCCAGCUUUGGUAUUGGCAUAUACUGGACAAGCCUCCUUUCUACGCAAGAAUGGGGAAUUCGUUUCUGAUGCUUUUUACAAAUCAGUGCCGCACCCCCUCUAUUGGCCAAUGUUUGUGGUAGCUGUGUUAGCCUCAAUCAUAGCAAGUCAGGCAAUGAUUUCAGGGACUUUCUCUAUAAUCCAACAAUCACUCUCACUGGGGUGUUUCCCUCGUGUGAAAGUCGUUCAUACAUCACCCAAUCAUGAUGGACAAGUGUACAUUCCUGAAGUAAAUUACCUUCUGAUGCUGGCUUCGAUAGGGGUCACAGUUGGUUUCAGGACCACUGAUAAGAUUGGCAAUGCAUACGGGAUUGCAGUGGUCUUUGUAAUGGCUCUCACAUCGUCCUUGCUGGUGCUCAUCAUGAUAAUGAUAUGGAAAUGCAACAUAUUUUUCAUAAUUGCCUAUGUGCUUGUCAUUGGAUCUGUGGAGCUAACGUAUUUAAGCUCAGUCCUAUACAAAUUUGCUCAAGGGGGAUACUUACCACUGGCUUUUGCAACAUUUUUGAUGACUGUAAUGUUCGUCUGGAACAAUGUUUAUCGGAGGAAGUACUACUAUGAGCUCGAUCACAAGGUUUCCCCUGAAAAGUUAAAGGAGAUCACUUCUGACAGAAACAUCUGUAGAAUUCCUGGCCUCGCCAUCUUUUACUCAGAACUUGUUCAUGGCAUCCCUCCCAUCUUCAAGCAUUACGUGGCCAAUGUACCAGCUCUGCACUCAGUCCUCGUUUUUGUCUCUAUCAAGUCACUUCCCAUCAGCAAGGUUCCAGUGGAAGAGAGGUUCCUUUUCCGAAGAGUACAUCCAAAAGACCUUAACGUGUUCCGCUGUGUUGUCAGGUAUGGAUAUACAGAUGUGCAGAAUGAGGAUGAGUCAUUUGAGAACAUGUUAGUUGAGAAACUGAAGGAAUUCAUAAGAGAUGAGCUCUGGGCAUCUCAAAUGGGCAGCAAUGCUAGGGUUGCAGAUGAAGACCAAGAACUAGGGGAAGGAAUAAUAGUUAAUGGAGAGAACGAAGACAAGAAUCAAGAGCAGCAAGAGGAGGAAGUGGAGAAAGAAAUUGAAGCCAUAGACAAGGCAAUGCGUGCUGGAAUUGUCCACUUGUUUGGAGAGAAUGAGGUGAUAGCAGGGAAAGGAGCUGGGUUUGGUAAGAGGAUAUUGAUAGACUAUAUGUACGAUUUCUUGAAGAAGAACUUGAGACAGACUGAUAAAAUGUUUCAUAUACCUCACAAACGCAAGCUCAAAGUUGGGAUGACAUAUGAGCUGUAGAACAAUGUAAUGUGGAAAGGGGAAAUAAGUCCUAUCACCCAUGCGAAGGCAGAAUUAUAAC